AUGAAGAUACAGUCUCUACUCGCUGUCGUUUUCCUUGUGGAUCAGGGCCAAAUAGUUCAUGCGGUGUGCCAAUUUAAACCAUUUCAGGGAUUGAAUUAUGCUUUACUUUCUAGUAACUCCGAUUGGGAUGCUUCCAAAUCUGCUUGUAUCGCUUGUGGCGCUCAAAUGAUGGGCAUGCCGAGUGGAGCCAAUAAGACAUUUGUAGAACAGAUCUUUGGAGUCAACACUGUUGCUUGGGACACAGCUUGGGUGAAUAUCCGCAAUGACGACUGGUGCUCCUUCUACACUUUCAAAUCUGGAGGAAAGCAGUUUUCUGGAACCGCCUGCAACGGAAGUGCCAAAUAUGUUCUUUGUGUAAAAUAA